AUGUACAUCACCCUCUACUACAUAGUCACCCAGCUCCCUGACUCCCUUCCCCUAGUCAGGGACCACUUCCUCUCAGUUUGCCCCACCACACUCACCGUUGACCUCCUCAAGGAGCGCCUCCUAGCAGCAGAGAAGAGCAUAGUCGCUGUAGGAGCCUCUCGUGGUGACCCUCGCACCCCAGUCUUUGAGGGGUGUUCCCCCUCCCCAAUCUUGCCCUCUGUUGCUUCUGCUGCUGCGGCCGACCUCGUUGGCUUCGAGCCGGUCGGCGCUGCGUCUGCCCCUAGCGGGAGAUGCCGCACCGGCAAGGGCAAGGGGGGCAAGGGCGCUGGAGGGGCUGGCGGGGGGGGUGGAGGUGGUGGUGGAGGCAGUGGAGGGGGUGGGGGUGGUGGUGGGAGUGGUGGCGGGGGUGGAGGUGUCGGUGGCAGCAGUGGAGGCGGAGGAGGCAGCGGCGAUGGCGGAGGGAGCAGAGGCGCCGGAGGUGGCGGAGGCGGCGGCGGCGGCAGCGGUGGAGCUGGUCGCGGCUUUGCGCGGAGGAGUGGUUCCGGUGGUGGUCCGCGCCAUCAGCAGCAGCACAGUCGUGAGACCUCGUCCCCCCAGCAGCUUCGUGAGUGGUACGCUGGGCGUCAGCGAGACCCGGGCAUUGAGGCUGCUGCUCUAGGUGCUGGUGAGGCUGCUGCUCUAGGUGCUAGUGCGUCUGCUGCCCCAGGUGUUGGUGAGUCUGCUCUCUCAAGUACCACGUCGGCUCAGGCCUUACACACCUUCACCCUUGACUCGGGUGCUUCCCGCUCCUUCUUUCGAGACUGCACCACGCUUACGCCGCUUAGUCGGCCGGUUGCGGUCUCCCUGGCGGACCCCUCUGGGGGUCCUGUCCUUGCUCGCUUCUCCACUAUCUUACCGUGUCCGGCAGCCCCCUCUGGCACCCUGUUAGGUCUCUACCUCCCCUCGUUCUCUACGAACUUGGUAGCUGCGUCGAGUCAGGUGCUUACUGCAGCGUCCAGGUCUGGUUCUGAGUUUGCUCCCUGCUCGUGUGGUCUCCUGUCCCACCACACUCUCCUUUGGCACCACCGCCUUGGUCACCCCUCCCUGCCUCGUCUCCAAGGCAUGGCCUCCGGUGUCCUUGUCUCUGGUCUCCCUCGGUCCCUCCCUCUCCUCCCUCUGGUGCCUUCCCCUACCUGUGUUCCCUACAUCGAGGGGCGGCAGCGCGCCGCCCCUCACUCCUCCGAGUUUCCUCCGAUAGAGGCUCCGCUGCAGACUCUUCACAUGGACGUGUGGGGCCCCGCCCGCGUCCGUGGCUAG